ACUCCAGGGGAAUUGGCAUGGUCCUGGACCCGGACACUUGCCUCAGUGGACCCUGGAGUUCAUGCUGGAUGUAUCCAUCUGCUGGCACAUCCACACUCUGCAUGCCCAUAGGGAUGUGUGCCCAUCUCUGUUCCUUCCCCCUGCCCCACACUAUACAUCCCAGGGCCGGGGUCCAGCGUGGGUGCCCCAUUUCCUGCACGUCAUGCCUGGAAGUGUGCACUGAGGAGGUAAAUUUAGCAAGGAAAACACAGGGCUGGGCCGGCUGCUUACUCCCCCCCCCCACACACACACACACCAGCAGCUGUUUUUGGGGCUGGCGUCCCGCCGGAGGAAGCGUGGGAGGCUGUUUCCCGCUGACACCUCCAUGCCUGGCCCCAGUGCCAUUGGCUGUCCAUGGCCCCGGGCAGCAGUUAAAUGCCAGGCAGCCGUGCCGGGACGGCAGCACGGGCACCACACGCUUCUACACCUCAGCUUCAGGAUGAAGACUGUGCUGCUGAUGUUGCUGCUGUGGGCUGCAGCCUGCGCCCACCCCGUGCCUGGCCAUCUCUCUGUGCCCCAAGAGCCCGAGGAUGCGGCACCAGGGGACGCGGCAAAUGAGCUGGGUCCUCUCCUGGGUGACGAAGACCAUGGGCGCCUCCAUGCCAGCGUGGGGCCAUGGGACACUGGUGAUGGGGAUGUAGCCAUUGGGAACCACGUGGAGCAAGACCUCGCUGAGCACAACGGGCUGCCCGCCUGGCCUGGGGAUGAGGAGGAUGACAGUGGGGAUGACACCUUCGAUGGGGAUAAGGAAGAAGUUGAAGGGCCUUCCUAUGGCACUGGGGACACUGGAGGACAUGGUGACAGUAGCAGCAGCAGCAGUAGUGAGAGCGCGAUGGCCCCACGCCGCCACAUCCGCUACCGUGGCGGCUCCAGGUGGGGAGGAGGCAGCAGCAGCAGCCAGGAGGAUGAUGAGGAGAGCCUUGGGCUGGGCGGUGAAGGCAUGCAGGGUGACGACCCCUCCAUCUUCGACAGCCUGGGUGGCAGGCGCCGUGGCCGGGGGACCUCCGGCAGUCCCUGGGAGGAUGAGAACAGCCACUCCCCAGAGACUGAGGACACCAACUCCGUGGAGGACAGCAAGGAGAAGAGUCAUUCACAGGAGAAUAGCGAGGCUAGCAAGUCCAGAGAGGAUGGAGACAGCCCAUCCCAGGAGGAUGGGGACAGUCCUUCCAGGGAAGAUGAGGACAGCCCGUCCCAGGAGGAUGAGGACAGCCCAUCCCAGGAGGAUGGGGACAGCCCAUCUCAGGAGGCAUCAGAUGAGGAGUCCACAGAGGACGGCUCAGAGGAGGCGGUGAACGUACCCCAGGGACGCAGCAGCAGAGAGGAGCAGGUGUCCGCAGAGGACAGAAGCGCAGUGUCUGACCUCGACACUGAAGAGGAGCAGAGCAGGUCCAAAGAGGACAGCUUGGAGACAGAGGAGGAUGUCUCCAAGCCCGACGAGGAUGCUCCAAGUGCAUCAACUGAGAGCCAGAGCUCAUCCCCAGAGGGCAGCCAGGAGGACAGUGAGGGCAAGGAGGACAAGGUGGUGAGCGAAGAGAGCUCAUCCACCGAGAGCAUCAACAGUGCAUCCCCAGAGGACGAUGAUGAUGGUGAUGAUGAUGAUGAGCACUCCCAGGAGGCUGCCAGCCGCGGGGAUGCCAGCUCACUGCGCAGUCUGAAGAACCGCAGGCGGCGGCCGGGUGCCUACGGCAGGAAGCAGGCUGCCGAGCUCGACGACGACGACUGCCAGGACGGGUACUGAUGGCACCGCUGCGUCAUUUGUUUGUGGUGGAGCUGGGUCAGCCUCUGCUUCUGUGGACAGACAGGGUGAGGGCUGGCCAUGUGGGCAGCGAGUGGUGGGGCUGGGUGUGGGGAAUCCCAAGUCCUGACCCGCAGGUGGGGACAUCCCAGUGCUCACUCCUUGCCCUGGCUGCUGGGAGCCGCACACGGCAUCAUGCCGGCACACACUGCACCAUGCUGAGGGGUGUGUAUGUAAUAUUUUGUAAGAAAUGUACAGAAAGCCUUCUAUUGUAACCUCUUCGUGUCCAUGGCACUUAUCUCUCCAUGCUGAAAUGUAUCCUGUGUAUGUCCUUAAUUCACAUUAAAACAAUCAGACCCCAGCGCUGCAGCUCUG